GCUGCGGGCCUAGCACCGACGGGGUUGCCAUGGAGACCGAGGCUGGACCAGGGCGGCCUCGCGGCGUUGCCAUGGAGACGAGGCCCGGGCCUCCGAAUCCCGCGGAUGCACCGUGCCAGGCCGGAGCCGCGCUGGCGGCGGCCCGCUGGGACCUGAGGAAACAUUCUUUGCUCAUCGUGAUCGGGGAGAUCGGGACCGAGAGUCAGCUGAGGGCCGUGCGGGCCCACCUGGAACAAGGAAUUCUGUCCUGGAACAUUGAUUUAUCAUCCUUUGACUUGAACCAGCAAUUGAGACUCUUCAUCACACGGCACCUGGCUCACUUCUCUACAGAGGUUAAAGGCCAAAGGACCCUUUCCCACCAGAGUGAGACCCUAGAAACCAUCGUCUUGGUAAACCCCAGUGUGGAGAGCAUCAGCUCCGAGGUUCACCAUGUCCUUAGCAGUUCAUCAGCUCACAAACUACUCAUCUUAAGUGGGCAAAGUUUAGAGCCCAGCGGAGAUCUCAUCCUACAGAGCGGUACCUACUCCUUCCAAAACUUUGCACAGGUCCUCCACAAUCCAGAGCUUGCCCAAUUGCUCAGCAAUAGAGACCCUGAGACUCAGGCCUUCCUCACUGUGUCCUGCUUAGGGGAGGGUGAUUGGAGCCACCUGGGACUCUCUGGUUCCCAAGAGACUCUACACCUGCAGCUAAACCCUGAGCCCACACUGCCCACCAUGGAUGGCGUGGCCGAGUUCUCCGAGUACGUCUCUGAGACUGUGGAUGUACCAUCCCCUUUUGACCUACUAGAGCCCCCCACCUCAGGGGGUUUCCUCAAGCUCUCCAAGCCUUGUUGCUACAUCUUCCCUGGAGGCCGCGGGGACUCUGCCCUUUUUGCUGUCAAUGGUUUCAACAUCCUGGUGGAUGGCGGCUCAGAUCGCAAGUCCUGCUUCUGGAAGUUGGUGCGGCACCUGGACCGCAUUGACUCCGUGCUACUCACACACAUUGGGGCAGACAACUUGCCAGGCAUCAAUGGACUUUUGCAGCGCAAAGUGGCUGAGUUAGAGGAGGAGCAAUCCCAGGGCUCUAGCAGCUACAGUGACUGGGUGAAGAAUCUCAUCUCCCCUGAGCUUGGAGUUGUCUUCUUCAACGUGCCUGAUAAGCUUCGGCUGCCUGAUGCCUCUCGAAAGGCCAAACGCAGCAUUGAGGAGGCCUGUCUCACUCUGCAGCAUCUCAACCGCCUAGGCAUCCAGGCUGAGCCUCUCUACCGCGUUGUCAGCAAUACCAUCGAGCCCCUGACCCUCUUCCACAAGAUGGGUGUGGGCCGGCUGGACAUGUAUGUCCUUAACCCUGUCAAGGACAGCAAGGAGAUGCAGUUUUUGAUGCAAAAGUGGGCAGGUAACAGCAAAGCUAAGACAGGCAUUGUGCUGGCAAAUGGGAAAGAAGCUGAGAUCUCUGUGCCCUACCUGACAUCAAUCACUGCUCUCAUUGUUUGGCUACCAGCUAACCCCACGGAGAAGAUUGUGCGCGUGCUUUUUCCAGGGAAUGCUCCCCAGAAUAAAAUCUUGGAGGGCCUGGAAAAACUCCGGCACUUAGACUUCCUGCGCUAUCCUGUGGUCACUCAGAAGGACUUGGCUGCUGGUGCUGUGCCUGCCAACCUCAAACCCAGCAAAAUCAAACAGCGGGCAGAUAGCAAGGAGAGCCUCAAGGCCACGACCAAAACAGCUGUGAGCAAGCUGGCCAAACGAGAGGAGGUAGCUGAAGAGGGAGCCAAAGAGGCCCGCUCAGAACUAGCCAAGGAGUUAGCCAAAACAGAGAAGAAGGUAAAAGAAUCAUCUGAGAAGCUUCCAGAGAAGCCUGGCAAGCCUGAAAGGGUCAGAAUGGAGUCAAGUGAGGCACUGAAGGCAGAGAAGCGAAAGCUGAUCAAAGACAAGGUAGGGAAAAAGCACCUGAAAGAAAAGAUAUCCAAGCUAGAAGAGAAAAAGGACAAAGAGAAAAAAGAGAUUAAGAAGGAAAGAAAGGAGCUCAAGAGAGAUGAAGGGAGGAAGGAGGAGAAGAAGGAUACCAAGAAGGAGGAGAAGAGGAAAGACACCAAACCUGAGGUCAAGAAGAUUUCCAAGCCAGACCUGAAGCCCUUUACUCCCGAAGUACGCAAGACCCUCUACAAAGCCAAGACCCCUGGGAGAACCAAGGUGGACAAGAAUCGGGCAGUCCGUGGGGAGAAGGAGCCAUCCUCUGAGCCCCGGACACCACCAGCCCAGAAGGGAGCUGUUCCACUCCCAACAGUUAGUGGGUACCGGGAGCUGGUCCUUUCUUCACCUGAGGACCUCACACAGGACUUUGAGGAGAUGAAGCGUGAGGAGAGGAGGUUGCUGGCUGAACAGAGGGAUACAGGACUAAGAGAGAAACCAGACACUUUAGAGGAGGGCCACCCCUGCACAGCCAUCAAGGGGACACCUCCCUCUGUCCCAGGGUUGGAACAAGAAGAAUCUGUUAUAAAGGAGAAGAUUGUCCCAGACAUCCCCAAGGAACAAGGCAGCAGAGAGAGAGGUCCAGAUUCUGGGGCUGAAACAGAGGAAAAGAAAGACAUCUGGGAGGAAGCACACAAGAUCCCUGAGAAAAUAGAGGCCAAAGAGGAAAGUGAACCAGAAGUAAAGGAAGAUGUGAUAGAGAAAGCUGAGGUAGAGGAAAUGGAGGAAUUGCAUCCUUCAGAUGAGGAAGAAGAGGAAGAGACCAAGGCUGAAAAUUUUUACCAAAAACACAUGCAGGAAGCCCUGAAGGUAAUGCCAAGGGGUAGGGAGGCUCUUGGGAGCCGGGAAUUGGGACUCCUGGGCAAAGUGCCUGAGAAGGAGACAUCAUCUUUCCUAAGCAGCCUGGCCACACCUGCAGGAGCCACAGAGCACGUCUCUUACAUCCAGGAUGAAACAAUUCCUGGCUACUCAGAGACUGAACAAACCAUCUCAGAUGAGGAGAUCCAUGAUGAGCCAGAGGAACGCCCAGCUCCACCUCGAUUUCCUGCCAGCACAUAUGACCUCUCUGGGCCUGAAGGUCCUGGCACUUUUGAGGCCACCCAACCCACAGAUAGCACAGUUCCUGCCUCCUCCAGCAAGGCCUAUGGUGCAGCCGAGACUGAACUGACCUACUCCCCUAACAUAGUGGCAGCCCCUUUGGCAGAAGAGGAACAUGUGUCCUCAGCCACCUCCAUCACUGAAUGUGACAAGCUUUCUUCUUUUGCAACAUCUGUGGCUGAGGAUCAGUCUGUGGCUUCACUCACUGCUCCCCAGACAGAGGAGACAGGCAAGAGCUCCCUGUUACUUGACACCGUCACAAGUAUUCCCUCAUCCCGCACUGAAGCCACUCAGGGCUUGGACUACGUGCCCUCAGCUGGUACCAUCUCACCCACAUCCUCGCUGGAAGAAGACAAAGGCUUCAAAUCACCACCCUGUGAGGAUUUCUCUGUGACUGGGGAGUCAGAGAAGAGAGGAGAGACUGUGGGCAGAGGGGUGCCUGGAGGGAGAGCUGUGGUAAAAGAAGAGGAGGAAUCUGCAAAAGCAGAUAUGUCUGACAAGCUGCACAGUCAGUAUGGGACCCCAAUGUUUGGUGCCCCUGGUCAUACCCUUCAUCAUGGGGAAGCGGUCAUUGGAGAAGUGGAGGAGCGCUGCCUUAGCCCGGACGAUAGCACAGUGAAGAUGGCAUCUCCACCACCGUCUGGUCCACCUAGUGCUACUCACACACCUUUUCAUCAGUCUCCAGUCGAAGAAAAAUCCGAGCCCCAGGAUUUUGAGGAAGUGGGCUCCUGGGGAGAGAGUAGGCGUACGCCAGGUGUAGGUAAAGAAGAUGCCACAGAGGAGACAGUCAAGGAGAUGCCUAAAGAAGCAGUGGUGCUCCCUCCAAGGAGCCCCCAGGCUCAGAAAGCACCCAUCAGCAUUGUUGAGGGACAUCCAAGUUGCACCAUUCAACUUUUACCUGAACAGGACAAAGCAAAAGAACCCUCAGGUCCAUCUCAAGGAAAAGAUACCCUUCUCAGAGAUUUGAGAACAUCACUCCAAGAACCUGGAGAGUCUCAGAAAGAUGAUGUACUACAAUUUCCUGACCAAGGCCUCUCCCCUGAAGAUGCUGAGUCCAUUUCUAUUCUCAGCGUGAUUUCCCCAGACACUGCCCACCAAAAGUCCAGUCCCCGUUCUCCCAGUGUCCUGACAGAGAAGGAACUACAAAAAGGCCUUUGGCCACAAGUCUCUCCAGAAGACACCCAGUCCCUUUCUCUUUCAGAAGAAAGUCCCAGCAAAGAGACUUCUCUGGAUAUCUCUUCUAAACAGCUCUCCCCAGAAAGCCUUGGCACCCUCCAGUUUGAUGAACUGGGAAGGGAAGAAAAGGAGCCACAGAAGCAAGCUGAGGAUACCUCUCACCACCUUGCCUCUGUAUCUGUUCUUGAACCCCAUGCAGCCACAGUGUCCUCCACAGAUGAGAUCACUGGAUAUUCUGCACAGGCAGAUAUCACUGAUGAGACCUCUGACAGAAAAUUAUCUGCUAGCUCCUUUCAUUCUCAGCUGUCUGGAGAUGAGAAACACUUGUCCAGAGUGACCACAAGCCCUGGUGAACACAUAUUGACCCCUGAGAGUUCCCUUACUCAGAGUCCUGAGUCUUUGCCAAGUCCAGCAAUGGAGGACCUUGCCAUGGAGUGGGACGGUAAAGUUGCAGAGGGGAAAGUCAAGUGCCAGGAGCAGGACAAGGGACUUGGACCAAAGGAUCAAGUCCAACAGCAGAAGGAUAACAUUCUGGAGCAGAAGGAUAGUAUCACAGAUCAUAAGGACAAAGCAAUCAGUUGGAAAGAUGAAGCCCUGGAAGAAAAAAGUAAAGUUGAGGACAAGUUUUCUGAACAUAAAGGCAAAGAUGUAGAACAAAGAGACAAGACAUUAAAACAAGAGGAUGGAGUUUUGAGAGAGAAAGAUGAACAAAUUAUCAGAGACUCUGAACCUAAAGACAAAGUUCCAGAGGACAAGGCACCAGAAUUGAAGGGUAAGGCCAUAGAACAGGUAGACAAAGUUCCUAAAGAGGACAAAGCUUCAGAAAAGCAGGACCAGGCCUUUGAACAAAAAUAUUGGGCCUUUGGACAGAAGGAUGAAGCGCUAGAUCAAAACAAUAAAGCUGCUGAAGGGAAAGCUGAGGCUCUGGGAGAGAAGAGCAGAACCCUGGAGCAGAAGGAUCAAACAGGGAAACCCAAGGAGGAGAUCCUAGAAGGGAAAUCCCCAGAAGUCAAGGCUGUGGAGGAGAAAGAAGAGGCUCUUCCAGAGAAAACCCAGGCCCUGGGGUUGAAAGAGAGUCCAGUGUUGGGUGGCAAGGCCCAGGAGCAGGAGAAGGGUUGGCAGGAGCAGGAUGUGGCCCCAGAGUGGCAGGAAACCACUCUAGCUCGAGGAGAGCCAGUGGGAGAACAGAAAGAGCCUGUCUCAUCAUGGAAGGACACCUCUAAGCAGGAGGACAGGUAUUGGCGGGACAGUGAGAAUGUGGAACAGGAUAAAUACUGGGGGGAGCUGAGCAGUGAGCGGAAAGUCUGGUUCCCUCAUGAGCUGGACGGCCAGGGGGGCCGAUCACGAUACACAGAAGAGCGGGAAAGCACAUUUCUAGAUGAGGGCCCAGAUGAGGACCAAGGAAUGCCUCCCUUGGAGCACAUGCCUCAGAGUCCCUGGGCCUCAGACUUCAAGGGUUUCCAGGAGGCCUCACCACAGAAGGGUCUGGAAGUAGAGCGCUGGCUCGCUGAGUCACCAGUUGGACUGCCACCAGAGGAAGAGGACAAGUUGACUCGCUCCCCUUUUGAGAUCAUUUCUCCUCCUACCUCCCCACCUGAUAUGGUUGGACAGAGAAUUCCUCCAGCUCCGGGACAAGAGAGCCCUGACCCAGAGCCUAUGCCCAGGCCGCCCAUGAGGAAUGAGCCUGCCACACCUUCCUGGCUGGCUGACAUUCCACCAUGGGUACCCAAGGACAGGCCCUUGCCCCCGGCUCCCCUCUCUCCUGCUCCUGCUCCGCCCUCACCUGCCCCAGAGCCACACACUCCUGCGCCCUUCUCCUGGGGCACAGCUGAGUACGACAGUGUGGUGGCAGCUGUGCAGGAAGGGGCAGCUGAGUUGGAAGGUGGCCCAUACUCUCCCCUGGGGAAGGACUACCGCAAGGCUGAAGGGGAAAGGGAAGGAGAAGGAGGGACAGAGGCUCAGAACAGCAGCCCUCACAGCUCCAAGAUCCCUGAGGCCAGCGAGAACCUCGUGGUCAAGGAGCCCAAGCAGGCAGAGCCCGAGGAGAGGGAGCCCACGCCAUACCCAGACGAGCGCAGCUUUCAGUAUGCAGACAUCUACGAACAAAUGAUGCUCACUGGGCUUGGGCCUGCGUGCCCUACACGGGAGCCACCCCUUGGGGCAGCUGGAGACUGGCCCCUUCACAUUUCAACCAAGGAAGAGGCUGCUGGCAGGAACACCUCUGCAGAGAAGGAGCUUUCGUCUCCUGUCUCACCUAAGAAUCUCCAGUCUGAUGCACCUGCCUUCAGCUAUGCAGCCCUGGCAGGACCUGCCCUACCCCCCAGACAGGAGCCUGUAUCAAGCAAGCCACCCAGUUUCUCCCCACCUGCUGUACCCCCUCGUGCUCCCAUCUCCCUAAGCAAAGACCCAAGCCCCCCUCUGAAUGGCAAUAUUCUGAGCUGUAGCCCAGACAGAACCCCAUCCCCUAAGGAAUCAGGCCAGGGGCACUGGGAUGAGGGUACUAGUGACUCAGAGCUGGAGAAGGGGGCUCGGGAGCAGCCAGAGAAAGAAACGCAGUCUCCGAGUCCCCCUCACCCCAUCCCUGCAGACUCCUCAAAACUGUGGCCUGAAAGUGAGGCCCACAUUAGCCCUUCCUUGGAAUCCCACCUGGGUCCUGUCCGGCCCAGCCUGGAUUUUCCUGCUUCGGCCUUUGGUUUCUCAUCUUUACAGCCUGCUCCCCCACAGUUGCCCUCUCCUGCUGAGCCUCGCUCAGCCCCCUGUGGCUCCCUUGCUUUCUCUGGUGACCGAGCUUUGGCUCUGGCCCCAGGGCCUCCCACAAGAGCAAGGCAUGAUGAGUACCUAGAAGUUACCAAGGCCCCCAGCCUGGACUCCUCUCUGCCCCAGCUCCCAUCUCCCAGUUCUCCUGGGGCCCCUCUUCUCUCUAAUCUGCCACGACCUGCCUCCCCAGCCUUGUCUGAAGGCUCCUCCUCGGAAGCCACCACACCUGUGAUUUCCAGUGUGGCUGAGCGCUUUCCUCAGGCUGCAGGCCAGGGGUCGGGUGAACUGGUCCCAGGGAUGGAACCAGCUGCCCACAGCCUCUGGGACUUUACUUCUCUGAGCCCAGCUCCCUUAGCAUCACUGGACUCGGCCCCAGCUCCAGCUCCAAGCCAGCCUGGAGACUUGGAUGAUGGCGUCCUGCUCUCCCACCUGGAGUAUUCAGGAGAACCAACCAAGACGCCCAGCUCUUUCCAGUGUCCCCCUGGGGAUUGUGCUACCAAUGGCCCAACUGAAACUAGCCUCAACUCCCUAGUCCCUACCCCAGCCAAGGUGGAGGAAGAAGAGACUGAGGCCUGCCCUGCCUGGGAACGCGGGGCCUGGCCUGAGGGAGCUGAGGGGAGCCCCCGGCCAGAGACGCUAUUGCCCCCUGAGCAGCCGCUAUUUUCAGGAGGCACUUUUGGAAGCCGGCCCAGAAGUAUCUCCCCUGACACAGAGGCUGGGCCCCAGGGUUGUGCCACUGAUCCUAGGCCACACCAUGGAGAGCUGUCCCCAUCCUUCUUGAACCCACCUCUGAUCCACUCCCUGGGGGACAGUGAUCUCUCCACUGACGAAGCAGCUCGAUCGGUAGGGAGAGGGGGGAGGCGUCGGGGAGGGGGACCAGGCACCACAGGGGGACCAUGCCCUGUGGCUGAUGAGACACCCCCAACAUCAGUCAGUGACUCGGGUUCCUCACAGUCUGACUCUGAUGUUCCUCCAGAAACUGAGGAAUGUCCAUCCAUCACAGCUGAGGCGGCCCUCGACUCAGAUGAAGAUGGGGACUUCCUGCCUGUAGACAAAGCUGGGGGAGUCAGUGGAACUCACCACUCCAAGCCUGGCCAUGACCCACCCCCUGCCCCACAGCCAGACCCCCGCCCAGCCCCUCCACGUCCAGAUGUGUGCAUGGCUGACCCUGAGGGGCUCAACUCAGAAUCUGGAAGGGUGGAGAGGAUCAGGGAGAAGGAGAAGAUACAAGGGAGAGUAGGACGCAGGCCCCCAGGUAGAGCUAAGCCAGCAUCACCUGCCCGUCGUCUGGAUCUCCGGGGGAAGCGCUCACCCACCCCUGGCAAAGGACCUACAGACCGAGCAUCACGGGUGGCACCCCGAACGCGCAGCUCUUCAAGCCAAGUGACUGCAGCAGAGGAGAAGGAUGGACACAGUCCCAUGUCCAAAGGCCUGACCAAUGGACUCAAGGCAGGACCGAUGGCCUUGGGUUCCAAGGGUGGUUCUGGCCUCCCUGUUUAUGUGGAUCUCGCCUAUAUCCCGAAUCACUGCAGUGGCAAGACCGCUGACCAUGACUUCUUCCGUCGCGUGCGUGCAUCUUACUACGUGGUCAGUGGGAAUGACCCUGCCAAUGGUGAGCCAAGCCGGGCUGUGCUGGAUGCCCUGCUGGAGGGCAAGGCCCAGUGGGGAGAGAAUCUUCAGGUGACUCUGAUCCCUACUCAUGACACAGAAGUCACUCGUGAGUGGUACCAGCAGACUCACGAGCAGCAGCAGCAACUGAACGUCUUGGUUCUGGCGAGCAGCAGCACUGUGGUCAUGCAGGAUGAGUCCUUCCCAGCCUGCAAGAUUGAGUUCUGAGAGAAGCACUCUCCCUCCCCUAAGGUCCCCCCUUCCACCCCCUACUCCCUUAGAGAAUGGCUAUUGCUGAGUCCUUUGGGGUCGAGCAGGGGACAGGAUGUUCUGUUGUGGGACUUGGGCUGGGCUAAAUGGGAGAGGUUGAUAUUCUUCCCCCAUCCAAACCUGAGGAGUCUCAAAACCAAAAGUGAAGGGGACAAACUAGGUAGGGGUACAAAGUUAAGGUAGGUUGUUGCCUGAGACUGGGGUGACCAUAUUUUCUGGGACUGCCGAAUACUGGAAUUGGGUGGGCAGUAAGGACAGAUCUCAGAGUGAGGCCUCUUCUGGCACAGAAGGAGAGCAGGUUCCCAACCCCAGGGGCCUCUUUAUCUUAACCUAUUUAUUUAGCAUCCUGAGAAAGGAUUUCUGAAAGUAAAUGUGACCUGGGAGCAGAAUACUGCUAGUGAGGUGUCCAGUCUCCUAUCCAUCUCCCAUCUUAUCCACCAGCAUCUGGGUUCUUGCAAGGACCCAGGGGCACAUGGCUGCUACACUGUCCCUCUGCUUCCCUCUGCAUCUGAAUGUGUCAAUCCAAAACUUGAAGCACUUUUGAUCAAGACUGGUGAGAGAAGGAGCUAAGCCUCCCAAACCCUGCAUCAUUCUGUUCACAUGCAGGGUUGUGCCCAGACCACGCAAUAUUAAAGGGACCAGGAGAGGCCAGCCCCAAUUCCCCAAUUCUUCCAAGCUCCUUGGCUUCCAAAGUUUUCACCCACCCAUUUCAAUUCUGAUCCCUUUCCAUCCUCUGCUUGGCUUCUCUGCAUGUGGUCAUCUGCUGUGGCCUGGUGUGUAACAGGUUAAAAAUAAGCCACUGCCUGACAUCCCAACAUAUGACACCCCAGCAAUAUGUGACUCCCACAACAUUCCACUCUUCCAUCUUGCAGCUGAAAUGGGAACACUGGCUGCCUUUCCAGCCCCAAACUCCUGGAUCUGGGAGGUGGAGACCAAGUCAGACACUUGGGGACAAUGGGAGGGAGGAACGGAAGUGGGAGACAAAGCUGAGCUACAACUGAACUCCUACUAAACGAGAGGAAAAUAGCCCCUAGAAGAGGACCUCGCCCCAAGCAAGCCCACGAGCAGCCCUGCCAGAUCACUGCGGGACUGAGAAACCCAGACACUUGCUCUUGUUAGGGCUUGGCUUCCCUGCCAAAGGACUGGAAACCAAAACGAGCGCACCCUGUGUUCUUCCGCACCCCCACCCUCCCUGUGCUGCUGUGCUCUGCUCCUCCCCACACUUCCCUGCUACAGUUCCCAGCUGCUGUAAUGGAGCCGCCUCCAACUCUAACAAUAAAUCAAGUUCAUUAUA